AGACUAGAUCUCCUCUUCUCUCUCUCUCUCCUUGUUUCAGCUAUUAUCAAACAACGGCGCGGACAAACGUACUCUUUCUCUCUCUCUCUCUACAAUGACUCUCUCUCUCUCUCUCUAAAAAUCUUCCCCCCUCGAAAACUUCUGUUUGAAAUUUGAAAACAGAUAAAGAUAGGAGGAAAAUGGUAAAGAAAAAAUGAGAGAGAUUUCUUACACGCAUAUAUGUGUGCUAUAUACAUACAAGAUACAGAUAGAUACAGCAGCUGUAUAUGGACUCGAGAAAAUAAAACAGGGAUUUCUUAGCUGGGUUUGAUGGGUCACUCUUCAUUUUUGUGUGAAUUUGUUGGAUUGAAUUUUGGGUUGGUGAUGGUGGUUGAGAGGGAUUGUAUAUGUAGGUGUGUGUAAAUGAUAUAGUUACUAGUGAUAUAUAAUGGGAUUGUGGGUGAUUUUAUUUGAUUGUUGAAAAUUGGAUGAGAGGGUGAUGGUGAAGUAUUUGAAGAUCAUACAUCUGUGUAUCUACAUGUGAAUCAAAUAUAAGAUCUGAAGAUGGUGGUUGCCCAAAAUCUGGGUUUUCUUGGUCACCUAUGGGCUUUGUUUCUUCAGGAAAUGAAUAUAGAAGCUAGUGUCCUCAUGUUGUAAUUCAAGUGUGUUCACCUUAAUCUUAUUGGGGGUAUUGGGAAGAUUGACAAUUCAUUCAUAAAUGGAUUGAAAGUUUAGUUCAUUGAAUGAAAUGGUAAAGACAUUAGCAUCUGUUCUGUUGAUUUGUUGGCUUCUCUUUUCUAUUUCGGCUGCUGAUAAUGGAUACUCCAGAUGUAAUUGCGAGGACGAGGGUUUUUGGAGCAUUGAAAGCAUUCUAGAGUGCCAGAAAGUGAGUGAUUUCUUGAUUGCAGUGGCCUAUUUUUCGAUCCCAAUUGAACUAAUUUAUUUUGUUAGUUGUUCAAAUGUUCCAUUCAAAUGGGUACUGUUCGAGUUCAUUGCCUUCAUUGUCCUCUGUGGGUUGACCCAUUUGCUCAAUGGUUGGACUUAUGGCCCACACCCAUUUCAGCUGAUGCUAGCUCUUACCAUUUUCAAGUUCCUCACUGCUCUAGUCUCAUGUGCCACUUCUAUAACCCUUUUUACUCUCCUUCCUUUGCUUCUCAAAGUGAAGGUAAGAGAGUUUAUGUUGAAGAAGAAAGCUUGGGAUCUUGGUCGAGAGGUUGGAAUCAUAAAGAAGCAGAGAGAAGCUGGUUGGCAUGUCCGUAUGCUCACCCAUGAGAUCCGUAAAUCACUUGAUCGGCAUACAAUUUUGUACACAACUUUGGUUGAGCUUUCCAAGACAUUGGAUUUGCAGAAUUGUGCUGUUUGGAUGCCUAAUGAGAAUAAAACAGAGAUGAACUUGACACAUGAGUUGAAAGGGAUGGAUUUCUCUAAUAUUGAUAGUUUUUCUAUCCCGAUAAGUGAUCCAGAUGUUAGAAUGAUUAAGGAGAGCUACGGAGUAAGGAUACUUGACCCUGACUCAGCUCUUGCUAAAGGAAGCAGUGGAGAGUCUAUUGAGUCUGGACCUGUGGCUGCAAUUAGGAUGCCAAUGCUGAGGAUUUGUAACUUCAAAGGCGGGACACCUGAGCUGAUUCAAGCUUGUUAUGCAAUAUUGGUUUUGGUUCUUCCUGGUGGGCAACCCCGAUCAUGGAGUGACCAAGAAAUUGAGAUAGUACAAGUUGUUGCUGACCAGGUGGCUGUGGCUGUCUCCCAUGCUACAGUGCUUGAAGAAUCGCAGCUCAUGAGAGACCAAUUAGUGGAGAAAAAUCGAGCCUUGCAACAGGCGAAACAGGAUGCAAUGAUGGCAAACCAGGCCAAGUACUCAUUCCAGAAGGUAAUGAACAAUGGGAUGAGGAGACCAAUGCACUCAAUUUUGGGUUUGCUUUCAAUGAUGCAGGAUGAAAAUCUGAGCAGCCAGCAACAAAUGCUUGUUGAUGCAAUGGUUAAGACCAGCAAUGUCCUCUCAACCUUGGUAAACGAUGUAAUGGUCACUUCGACCAAGGAUAAUGGAUGGUUCCCAUUAGAGAUGAGGCCUUUCCGACUACAUUCCAUGAUAAAAGAAGCCACUAGCCUUGCUAAGUGCUUGUGUGUUUAUAGGGGUUAUGGUUUUGCGGUUGAAGUUGAGAAAUCUUUGCCCGAUCAUGUUUUGGGCGAUGAGAGAAGAGUUUUUCAGGUGAUUUUGCAUAUGUUUGGGUAUCUUUUGAAUGGAAGCAAUGGAGAAGGCUGUGUAAUAUUUCGGAUUUUCUCACAGAGUGGAAGUCGCUCAAGGAAUGAUCAAAGAUGGACAACCUGGAGAGCAAGCUCAUCUCAUGGGUAUGCGCACAUUAGGUUUGAAAUUGGGUUAAACAGUAGUGGUCCUCAAUUAGAGUGCUCAAGUUCAAUAGGACGCUUUGGUGAUUGGAGAUACCGCAGCAAUGGGCUUGAGGAAGACUUGAGCUUCAACAUUUGUGAAAAGCUAGUGCAGUUGAUGCAAGGGAACAUAUGGGAAGUCUCAAACCCAGAGGGUUUUGAUAAAAGCAUGGUCCUUGUCCUCCGGUUCCAACUCCGGCAAUCCAUUGUAAUAGACUUUUCUGAACCCGGAGAAUAUUCAGACCACCCACAUUCGAACUCUCUGUUUAGAGGCCUUCAAGUAAUGUUAGCUGAUGAUGAAGCUGUGAAUAGGGCAGUGACCAGGAAACUGCUGGAGAAAUUGGGCUGUAGAGUUUCCACAGUUUCAUCUGGAUGUGAAUGUUUUAGUGCUAUUAGCUCUGCAAUGUCUUCUUUCCAAAUCGUUCUUUUAGAUCUUCAUAUGCCUGAUUUGGAUGGGUUUGAAGUUGUCAGGAGAAUUCGCAAGUUUGGAGGCAGUAGUUGGCCGUUGAUUAUUGCCUUGACAACAAGUGCUGUCGAAGAUGUGUGGCAAGGAUGCUCGGAGAUUGGAAUUAAUGGAGUUAUUAGAAAGCCAGUUCUUUUACAAGGCAUUGCUGAUGAGCUUCGGAGAGUACUGUUACAGUCCAACAAAGUUGUGUGGCAAAGCGAAGCUGUAAGCUACAACAAUGCAUAAUUUCGCCAACACUCUUGUAUUGCCAGCACAGAGAUGUGUUACACACUACAACAUCAAAAUUCAAAAUGGUAUAUAUACAAAAUUUCAGUUUCUCUUUGUUAA